UCUCCGUCCUAGUGGCGAGGAAAAGCCCCACGCCGGCCCGGGAGGAGACCCCCAGGAGUAGAAACGGGUGAUCCUGCCCAAAGGAAGCAAAGUGAGACCGCCCGGCGUGCUGCCAACCCCCCAAACGCACACUCUGAACAGUUCAAGACUUUGGAGGCAGAGAGAAAGGGGGCCAUGCCUGUGGAGUAGGCACCCAUCCCACCGGCUCGGCGCUCGGGGAGAGCAGCCCCGACGGACGUUCGGAGGCACAGCACGCCCCGGGGAAGAAGAGGAGUCGUCGUUUUCUGCCUUUCUGGAGAGGAGUGACCUCCCCCCUCAACUUCCGUGCACCUAGACAGUGGAACGGGGCAGAGCCCCUCCGCUCAGAUCUCCAGCAGACAGAAAGAGCCCUCCACCCCAGAAAGAUCCAGCUUGGGGGGGAGGGGGACUCCCCCAAGGGGGAGGAGACAACUCCUGGUUGGGAGAGGCUCCUCCCCUCCUCCCCAGGGUAACUGGCAGGGUGUGGGGGGUGUGCCACCUUCCCCAGGUAGGACCUCCUUCUCCUCCCCCACCUCCCCCUCCCUUGGCUCCUCCAUCUCAGGGGACCCAGUUCCCCUCCCCAGCUUGGGAGGCUCCCCCAAGCACAGGAAGAGCCACUGAGGAUGCGACCCGUCAUCUGCAUCUGAAGAGGGGAAUCCCUCCAACCCCAAACUCUACUACCAGCUGGUUCGGCUCCUCAGGGGCAGCCUUGGAGACAGUCUUCCAGGGUGCAGACAAGAAUGUGGCCUGACUCACGUUCUGCCCAAGCCCAGUGGCACGAGGCCCACCUGGAGAGAGAGGUCUGGGGAGCUGGGUGGCGGGCGAGCGUAACCCAGAAGUACCAUGGCUUCUGAUCUAGAGAGCAGCCUCACCUCCAUAGACUGGCUCCCCCAGCUCACCCUCCGAGCUACUAUCGAGAAGCUUGGGAGUGCCUCCCAGGCCGGGCCUCCCGGGAGCAGCCGCAAGUGUGCACCAGGCUCCCCCACUGAUCCUAACGCCACCCUUAGCAAAGACGAGGCUGCAGUUCACCAGGAUGGCAAACCACGGUACAGCUACGCCACCCUCAUCACCUACGCCAUCAACUCCUCUCCAGCCAAGAAGAUGACCCUCAGUGAGAUCUACCGCUGGAUCUGUGACAACUUCCCGUACUACAAGAAUGCUGGCAUUGGCUGGAAGAAUUCAAUUCGGCACAACCUUUCUCUCAACAAGUGUUUCCGGAAGGUGCCCAGACCUCGGGAUGACCCUGGGAAGGGCUCUUACUGGACAAUUGACACGUGCCCGGACAUUUCCCGAAAGAGAAGACACCCUCCAGAUGAUGAUCUGUCCCAAGACUCACCAGAGCAGGAGGCAAGCAAGAGCCCACGGGGAGGCGUUCCGGGGAGCGGAGAAGCCUCGCUGCCUCCCGAGGGCAAUCCUCCAAUGUCACUUCAGAGCCCCACGUCGAUUGCCAGCUAUAGCCAGGGCACAGCACCUGUGGAUGGCGGAGCCGUGGCAUCAGGGGCUGCAGGCCGAGAGAGUGCUGAGGGGCCCCCACCCCUCUAUAACACCAACCAUGACUUCAAGUUCUCCUACUCAGAGAUCAACUUUCAGGAUCUCAGCUGGUCCUUCCGCAACCUCUACAAAUCCAUGCUGGAGAAGUCCUCUUCCUCGUCUCAGCACGGCUUUUCGUCUCUCCUGGGGGACAUGCCGCCUUCCAACAGCUACUACAUGUACCAGCCGCCGCCUCAGCAGCCGCAGCCGCCGCCUUCCCAGCAGCCACAGCCCCAGCAGCAGCAGGCACCAGCACAGGGCCCCUCCACUCUAGGGGGAGCUCCCCCACUGCACACCCCGAGUCCAGAUGGUUGCACCCCACCAGGAGGAAAGCCAGCAGGGGCAGAAGGCUAUGGGCCGCCCUCUGUGAUGGCCAUGCACCCACCCCCACUGCAGCACGGAGGCUUCCACCCGCAUCAGCACCAUCCCCACUCCCACCCUGCACAGCCGCCGCCACAGCAGCAGGCACAAGGCCAGGCUCCCAUCAACAGUCCUGGCUUCGCCUUUCCUCCCGACUGGUGCUCCAAUAUCGAUUCCUUAAAGGAAAGCUUCAAGAUGGUGAAUCGACUCAACUGGUCCAGCAUUGAGCAGUCGCAGUUCUCAGAACUGAUGGAGAGUCUACGGCAGGCAGAGCAGAAGAACUGGACCCUCGACCAGCAUCACAUCGCCAAUCUGUGUGACUCCCUCAACCACUUCCUUACUCAGACUGGUCACGUGCCCCCCCAGGGGGGCUCCCACCGGCCACCAGCCCCUGCCCGUGUCGCUGACCCCUGCGCCCUCACCAGUGGCAAACAGGAGCCAACCAUGAACCAAGUGAACUCUUACGGGCACCCGCAAGCCCCUCACCUCUACCCUGGCCCGUCACCGAUGUACCCAAUCCCUGCCCAGGACUCUGCAGGAUACAAUCGCCAAGCACACCAUAUGGUCCCUCGGCCACCCGUCCCACCUCCUGGUGCCAACGAGGAGAUCCCUGACGACUUCGACUGGGACUUGAUCACUUAGUGCAUCCUGGAGGAGGUGGACAUCAGCCCAGGGCCGGGUGGUGAAGCCCGGCAGUGGGGACAGCAACCCCAGCCCAGCCCUGUCCACUGCCUGUAUAUAGAUAUAUAUCCUGUCUUUGUUCUUUCUCUGUCAGAGAAGCCACCGCAAGAUGCUGCCGAAGAUAACCCCCCUCUCCCGCCUCAUUCUCCUCUCUUCCUGUUUUUCCUUUUUCUCUUGUUAUUAUCCUUAUGUUAUUAUUAUUAUUAUUAUUGUUAUUAUUA